CCCUGCUUGGAGCCCGGAAUGCUGAGGAUGGUCGGCCAGGCUUGGAGCCGCUUGGGGCCCGGGCUGGAGCGCCGCAGCGCCUGCUGCUGGGGCCGGAGCCGAGGCGCGGUGCUGCUGCUCUUCUUCUCGCUGUCGCCGCGGCCCCCUGGCGGAGCGGCGUGGCUGCUGGGGCUGCGGCCGGAGAGCACGGCGCCGGGGCGCGUGUGGCUCGAAGGGGGUGCGCUGCGGGCGGUGGAGGGCUCCCGCUUCUUGCUCCGCGUCUAUUUCCAGCCGGCGGCCGAAGGCAACGCGAGCGAGGGCAGCGGCGGCCCGCGGCAGGAGAGCGAGCGACGGCUGGUAUUCGUCGAGCAGCCGACCAAAGCGGAGCGCUGCCCGGAGCGCAGCGCCUGGGCCUCGGAUGUGGAGGUGCUGGGGCCUUUGCUCCCCGGAGGCUCGGCCGGCUCGGCUUUGGCCGAGGUGAGGGUCCGGGAGCCGCGCAAGGGCGAGUCCGGCGCCGGGCCCGAGGGGCGCCGCUUCUCUCUGUGCGCCUGGGACGGGCGCGCGUGGCAGCUGCACGGCGCGCGAGGCGGCUUCGCGCUGCAAGUGCAGGCGCCGGCCGCGGGCUUGUCGGCGGGCUUGGUGCCGCUGCCCGACGAGGGGUGGCUACGGGUGCUGGGCGCGCUGGUGCUGCUGGGUCUGUCGGCGCUCUUCAGCGGCCUCCGCUUGGCGGUGCUGUCGCUCGACCCGAUGGAGCUGCGCGUGCUGCGCAACAGCGGCUCGGCGGCUGAGCGCGAGCAGGCGCGCAAGGUGGAGGCGGCGCGCGGCCGCGGCGGGAGCGGCACUUACCUCCUGUGCACGCUGCUGCUCGGCCAGGCCGGCGCCAACGCCGCGCUGGCGGGCUGGUUGUGCGCCUCGCUGCAGGCCGUGCACAGCCCCUUGCCCGAGGCGAGCCAAGGCGUGCCCUGGCUGCCGGUGCUCAUCUGCACCGGGGUCGUUUUCCUGGGCGGGGAGGUGUUGCCCUACUCGGUUUGUUCCCGACACGGGCUAGCCAUCGCGGCGCACACGCUCUUCCUCACCCGCCUGCUCAUGGCUGCCACCUUCCCGAUCUGCUACCCGCUCAGCCGCCUUCUGGACUGGGCCUUGCGCCAGGAGCUGAGCAUCUUCUCCACUCGGGAGCGCCUGCUGGAAACCCUGCGCGCCGCGGAGCCCCAUGACCUGGUGAGCGAGGAGCUGGCCAUGGUGCAAGGCGCCCUGGAGCUGCGUACCAAGAUGGUGGAGGACAUCCUGACGCCCCUCAGUGACUGUUUUAUGUUGCACUCCGAUGCCAUUCUGGACUUUGCCACCAUUUCCGAAAUCCUGCGCUCAGGCUACACACGCAUCCCGGUCUACGAAGGCGAGCGGCGCGACAACAUUGUUGACUUGCUGUUCGUCAAAGACUUGGCCUUCGUGGAUCCCGAUGACUGCACCCCGCUGCAGACGGUCACCCGCUUCUACCGCCGCCCGCUGCACUGUGUCUUCCAUGACACCCGCCUAGAUGCGCUGCUCAAGGAGUUCAAGACGGGUAAAUCACACCUGGCAAUUGUGCAGCGGGUGAAUAAUGAAGGGGAAGGAGACCCCUUCUAUGAAGUGAUGGGAAUCGUCACUCUUGAGGACGUUAUUGAAGAGAUAAUCAAAUCUGAGAUUCUGGAUGAGACAGACCUCUACACUGACAAUCGGAAGAAGGAACGGGCCCCCCACCGGGGUCGGAAACCUCAUGACUUCUCCAUUUUCCGACUUUCGGAUAGUGAGAUGAAGGUGAAGAUCUCCCCGCAGCUGCUACUGGCCACCCACCGCUUCAUGGCCACAGAGGUCGAGCCUUUCAAGUCCCCGUAUCUCUCAGAGAAGAUCCUGCUGCGGCUGCUCAAACACCCAAACGUCAUUCAGGAGAUGAAGUUUGACCACAAGAACAGGCGAGCCCCUGAACAUUACCUCUUCCAGCGCAAUCGGCCAGUUGACUACUUCGUGCUCAUCCUACAGGGGAAGGUGGAGGUGGAAGUGGGGAAGGAAGGCCUGCGUUUUGAGAAUGGAGCCUUCACAUACUAUGGAGUCCCAGCUAUCAUGGCUGUUGUCUGCUCAGAUAACGACGUGCGCAAAAUGGGCAGCCUGGCUGGGUCGUCUUUCUUGUUGCCUGUGUCCGUGUCCCGUACCUUCGCCUUCAGCAGAGGGGAAUCACUGGCUGGCUCCCCAGUGAACCAAUCGCCAUCCCGUUGCAGUGGAUUAAACCGCUCAGGCGAGUCCCCCAUCCGAGAGCGCAAUGACUAUGGAGGCAGCAGUACCCAGCUCUACAGCAGCAGCAACAACAUCUACACGCCAGAUUACUCCGUGCACAUCCUCUGUGAUGUGCAGUUUGUCAAGAUCACACGGCAGCAGUACCAGAAUGCGCUGGCUGCCAGCCACAUGGAUAUCUCACCCCAGACCCCUGACAUGGAGGUUUUCAAUGAUGCCGAUUCCACAAAGGCACCCACCGUCAGAGGCACUCCACAGACCCCCAAGGACGACCCUGCCAUCCUCCUGCACGAGAGAAUUAGCCACUCAGACCUGCACCUUAAGAGCCCGACAGACUCCGUGUUCCUGCACAUGGAGGGAAUCCCUCACAUCCAGGAGGAGGUGGCAGGCUGCCUAGAGACCAGCACGCAGCAGAAAAACGAGGGCUGCCUUUUCAGGCUGGAACCUGAAGCUUCAAACAGAGAAAUUGAGAUGAGCAGCAUAUCCCCAAGUGGCCCAGAGGAGCCUCUGGGCAAGAAGUUACUCCGGACCCUUAGUGGGAGGAGGAGAAAACCGUCAGCAGAUAGCGAAAAGAGUGCAGAUGAUAAUUCCAACUUCACACCUCUCAUCACAUGAGUGGCAACAUGGCCUUGCCCCGCCCACAGGUCUGCAGCAUGACAGCCGACUGUGACAAGAUCCAUGUGUGCGUGAUGGCACCUGCUUCUCUGUCUCACAUCAACUAUCCCCUACCUCCAGGGCUUGCGGUUCAGAUAGCAGCCCUUUGAGCUUGAGAUGUGGCGCCAAAACGCAGAGAAAGCUGAGCAACGAAGGCCCAGCAAAAGAGGUGGAAACGAGAAGGCGACCGCAAAGUGGUGGUGCGUGUGGCUCCCUGUGGGUCGUCUUAGCAGGGCAACGUCCUCACCAUCUCAAAUCUUACUUUCAUGGGGUAAUGCCCAGAGGAAGGGGGUGCCACACGGUCAAUCCCCCUUCCUGCUGGAAGUGCCUACCCUUCCUUAUGCAUGGUCCAGCACAGGGGGCCCCAGUGCAUGUUUGUGCAGCCAACAGCAUCGUACCAUCUGCUCCCUCUUGUAUUCAUGUCUGUCUGGUCAUUAUCCCAGAUCUGUUGUUCCAGACCCGUUGCUGUUUGUAACCAGCACCUGCUGGCUUUGGGCUGGCAGUCCGAAGGGCAGGUCAGCGCACUGCUCACCUGUCACCUGUGCACACUGAGCAAUCCUGUCCUCCAGGUCCAGACAAAAAGAAAGUUUUGACAUCAAGCGUCUUGUCAGGGAGAAAUAAAAUGUUCUUGUUUUACAUUAAA